AUGACGCAAAAUAUAGGUGAAGCAAUAAAAUGUGUGAGGCUGCUUUUAGAAAAAAAAUUCUUUGCAGAGUCGAAAGAUGAGGUAGCAUUUAUUCUCUGCGGAUCCAAUGCCACUGAAAAUAACCUUGCAGAUGAUGACGGAAAUUUUCAGAAUAUCUCUCUGGUCUUCAGCCUUAAUCCCAUAAGUUGGGAUCUCUUGGAAUUUCUAACUCCCGAUUUAUUGUCAUCUUCAUCAGCAGAUGUUGUUGAUGGUUUAAUGGUGGGAGCUGAUCAUCUAUAUAACACUUGCAAAGAUAAGAAAAAUUUAAAGGAGAAGCAUAUACUCCUUGUCAGUAAUCUCUGUGGUCCAGUUGAUGAGUGUGAUUUGUCAAAACUUACUGAGUCGCUGCAGUCUUCAGGUAUUAAAUUUAGUUUGAUUGGUUGUGAUUUGUCCAACCCUGAGAGCACCUCUUCAUCUGAAAUCCAAGCUGAACCUGGACCAUCUCAUUCCGCUCCCUGCCAUCCAAACUACACUCAAAAGGUAUCGCCACAUCUUUCGUAUUUUACUGACCUCUGGAGUAGGCUUGAUGGUGAAUCUUAUGAUUUCAACGAUGCAGUUUCUGCUUUACGUAUAUUUGAGACUCGUACUGUUUCUCAGCGCGGCUGGAAAGUUGACUUUCAAAUUGGCGAUUCACUUGUUAUUCCUGUCAUCGGUUAUACACAAAUCAAAGAGGCUCAUGCACCUACUAUGAAGGUACUGUAUGCUCCAGACCCUUCUGUCCCACUACGCACUGCUACGAAGUAUUAUAAACGGGAUGAAAGUUCUUCGGAGUUGAACUCUUCUGAAGUGACCCGAGGUCAUCGAUACGGUGGAACUCUGGUCCCCUUCGGCGAAGAAGAUAUGGCUUCACUUAAGCCGUCUUCAGAAAAGAGCUUGAGCGUCAUUGGAUUUACCGAGGCCAGUAAUGUCCCUCACAAUUUCUACACUGGUGAAAGUGUUUUAGUUUUUGUGGCUCAGACAACUCAACCGGUUGAAGAUAGUACAGCAAAUACCCCAAUGAUUUCAACAGCCUUAGCGGCAUUAGCUCAAGCACUUUAUGAAGUUGGUGGUGUUGUUCUUGUUCGAAGGGUAUACAAUCAAACAAGUGCUGCUAGACUAGGAGUUCUAACUCCAGAAGUUCAAGGAAAUCAAAUCUCUCUUGUAUACACUGAUUUAGCGUUUAAUGAGGAUAUUCGUAAUUUCGAAUUCCCAAGUCUACCAGUUUCUUGUGAGCCUAAUAGUUCCACAAUAGAAUAUGAUACUACAUCUCAAGUGAAUGAAAGAUUACAAAAAGACUGUCCAUCUCAAAGCGAGUUAUCAGCUAUGGAUUCUUUUAUCGACUCUAUGAUGUUAAAUUAUCCAGAUGAAAGUGAAGAUGAUGAAACAAAUGGUGACGAUAAAGACAACAGUGUAAAUAAUUCAAGAAACUUAAGCUUGACACCUCAACGGAUACCAAAUCCUUGGAUUCAACGUUUCUUUGCCUGUCUUAGAGAACGUGGUCUUAAUCCAUCAGUGCCAUUACCAACUUCAACAAACAGCUUAGCUUCUUCACACGUUUGCUUAUCACCUGAAAUGUUUCCUGGUUUGGAGGAAAUCAUAACACGGAUCAGUCCGGAUUCUGAAACCGCAUCUGUGGUUGAAUCUCGGAAUAUUCUUCUAAAAUCACUUCCAUCACUUCGCCAACCCAGUGACUCAGUUGAUUUGGUCGAAAAAUAUGUGGCGAAACGCCGGCGUCUCAUGGAAGAGGAGCUUUAUGGUUCUUUAUUAUCCACAAGCAAGACAGGUAGUAAUGAUAAGCCAUUAUCAAACUCUAAUUCCUGUUCACAAAAUGCUUCGAUCUCAAAUUCCAGUCAGAUAAAUUCAGUUCAUGAUUUUGAAGACCUUCUUUCACAACAACAAACUGAACUAGCUUGUAGACUCAUGGAAGCGCAUAUAAUUCAGUUGGUCACUGAUCCUUUCACCGCAAAUUUAUUGCGUCCAAAAGCGAUUGCUUGUUUAUUUGCUUACCGUAAGCAUGCUCAGCUGUGUAUAGAAGAGAAGAGUAACACCAGUGAUAUCACUUCUACUGGAACAGAUGAUAGCUGGACGAAUCGUUUUGAAAUUGCUCAAGCGUAUAACUCUUUUAUUCGUCAAUGGCGUCAGGACCUUAUUGAUCGUAAUCUUCUCGGGAGUGGUGUCUCAUCUACAUCCUCUGUAUGCGAUAAUAGAUUAUCAUUUUGGAGGGAGACAAUCACUCAAGGUUUUGGUCUAUUGUGUGAUGAGGAUGUUCCAGGAAUUGGUGUUAGCCAGUCAGAAAAUUAUACCUUUUUGAAUCUACAGGAUAAUCAAUCAUGUCCUCAUGCUGCUGAGACGACAAACACCUUAUCUUUAUCGCCUACAAAUAUGUUCAAAGUUGACCACUUGCUGAGUGAUGAUCUGGAGUGA